AAAGCAAGUUUGUGUUGUGUUGCCUAUUAGUUCCAACUUCCAACUACACAUUGAAGAUCAGCCCCGCCACAAAACUUGAAACGUCCUCCUUUUUUACCAACCUUUCCCUCUGUUGACUGGUAGUUUUGAAACUCUCUUCUUUUUCCACAUCUUCUAACUUUUUUCUGCUUCUCUCUUCAUGAAGAUCCCCAACAAGCAUCCACUAUUAUAUGCAACAUGGAACAACUCUCUCAACCAUCAUUUCAACCCCAUCAAGUCUCCGACCAUCUUCUUCAUUCGGAUAGAGUCCCUUGCAUUGAAGUGAUUUUGAGAGAAAAACAAGAAGAGGAGUUGGAGGGAAAGGAAGUGGAGUAUUUCAAAGAAAGAGUUGAGAGAUUGGAGAGUGAGAGGGAAGAGAGAAAUGGGGUCAUGUUUAAGGCUUUGGAAUCUCUCACUUCAACGAAGGAAAGCUUGUCUAGUGUCAUAGAGGGGUUAGAGGGAGAAAAGGAUGAAACUUUUGUAGAAAAUGUUACUGGGGAGUGGUCAGGAGUGGAAUCAAGGAUGUUGUUGGAAGAGGCAAGAUUGAUAUCAAGGCUUGCAAUUGAGGUGGAGACAAAGGUGGAUAGGUACAAGGAGAUGAGGAGGAAGGAGAAGAGAGAAUUGGAGAGUAGUUUGAUCAGUUUAACUGAGGAGAAUAGGGAUGUCCAUAACUUGCUUAGAAUUGCGUUGUCGGAGAAAGAGGCAUUGGAGAAGAGAAUAAAGGGACAUGACCACAAAAGGAUGCCCCUAUUGCAGUUUGGAUUGCAGAAAGUUGGGUUUGGGUUCAUGAUGAUGGGGGGUGGGAAUAAUGAACAAUCAACAGAGCAUUCCGGGGUUAAAUCAGAUAGCAGUGAGUGUGAAGAGGAAGUCAUUAGUCUGGCCUCAACAGUGGAAAGGAUAAUGAAGAAUCUACGCCUUGAAACCACUCAAUUGAGGAGAUCUUUGGAAGAAUCUAGGUCAGACACAGAGCGCCUCCAGUGUCUCACAGAGAAACAGGCCAAAGAAAUUGAAGAAAACAAACUCUACAUUAAGGAGUUAGAAGAUAGAGAGAGAAUUUUGGCUCAAAAUGUAGAGGAGUUUUUUAUGGAAAUCAAAGCAGCGGAAGAAGAAGUUGCUAGAUGGAAGGAAGCUUGUGAGUUGGAAGUUGAAGCUGGAAAGAAAGAGAUUGGAGAGCGUAACAAAGUGGUGGCUGCUUUGAAACAAGAACUACACAAAACAAAGGCUGCUUUGGACAUAUCCAAUGGAAAAUUAAGGCUCAAAGAGGAACUUGCAAUCACUGCAAUAGCUGCACAGGAAGCAGCAGAGAGGUCUUUGCGGCUGGCUGAUACUAGAGCAGUUGAACUUCGUCGACAGGUUGAAGAACUAACCAGACAACUAGAAGAAGCAGAGAAACAUGAAGGCAAUAGCCAUAAAGUGAGGCGCAUAUGUUGGCCAUGGCAAGUUUUCAAAAUGAGCUCUAGCAAUAUAGCAAGCACUAGAGUUGGAAAUGCCAAAAGGAUGCUACCAGAAAUGCAAGCCUUAAUUUAAUGAACUGAAAUGUAUAUAUAACAUAAUUUUUCCAAAACAAUGAGUUGAUUCAUCUUUAACUUCACUUUCUCGUGUAAUAAUCACUUUUGUUCUUGUAAAUGUGAGAUUUUGUAUUGUUGAAGUUGUUUGGACAUCA